CAGAAUAGAUCCCUAUGCAAUGGACUUCACCUUUCGCCGGCGUCGUUAUUUCGCCUCGAACUCCAUGGCAAAGCUGAGUGCUUGAGUGCUUGACUACACGAAGGUAUCUCGGAGGUGACUUGACAUGGAGAUCGCAGCUGUAGCAGCUGGCGCGGCCGGUAGCCUCUUUGGCUACAACCGCGAAAAUUACUUCUUCGAUGGAGAGCAGCGUAUCAAGCGCGAGUACCAAGGACAGACCAUGCGAGUAAAGCAGUUCGAACUCUUCCGAGAAGAUAUUCGUGACCUGAUGAACCUGACUGUGGCGAAGAUGGACAACUAUCUCAUCGUCAACACCAUCCAGAUUGGCCUGGUGGUGGUGCUCUUCACAGAGGGCCGCCCGGAUCCGGGCGUUGCUCCGCCUUGGCUCCUUUGCUUGUGGGGUGCUUCGGGUGCCGGAUCCUUCAUGUACAUCACCUUGUGCAUUUGGCUGGCGAUGCAUGCGUCCAUUUGUUCGCACUCCUUCUGCGUGCGAAUGCUCACGCAAGUUGUCCGCUUGCCGAUCCCCACAAAGGAGCAACUGGACGCUGCGCGGGUCUUAGCGACGGACUUCGAGGGCACCAAAGUCAGGGAAAUGCUACGAGUGCCUGUGGUGAAUCAGCAGCUCAAGAAGUUGCACAGCAUGGUGGAUCACCUGAACGACGACGGCAGCGAUCCCAGCGAUGUUUUUCCGGAGGAGACCAUGCUGGAUGCCGAUGGCCGUCCAGUGGCCACGGACACCUUGGCCCAUGUGAGAUUAUAUCGAAAGAUGCAGGCCAAUUGGCAGGCCUACGAUGCUUACGCCCGCGUGAGCAUGGCCAUGGGAACCAACCAGUUCUUGCAGCAACUGGGCUACACUUGCCUCAUUGGUUUCAUCACAGAGAACAAGUCCAUUCUGCCGGGCAUGUGUUCUGUCGCGAUCUUCAGCAUUUGCGCUACAUUGCUCAUCCGAUUAGAUUUGUACUUGCCUUGGCGCUCGUUGAUCCUUGCGGGAGUUCUCAAUACGUUGCCGCCCAUGGUUGCUGGCAUCAGUCUGAUCUUGAACUUGGCCGCUUCGAGAUCUGAUGAAGCCGACUAUUUGAAACUGGUGGCUGAUGCAAUUGUGCCUUUCAUUUUCUUCCUUCACAUCAUUUGGUUGAUUCUGUUGCUGAACUGGGCGAAGGGCAAAAAGAUCAACAACCUUGCGCUGCCCACCAUCUUCAGAGCAGUGCUGUACCUGGACGUCUUUGGAUGGCUCAGCUCCCAAGAAGUACCGCAGGGCUUGGUUGCUGCAGCAGGAGGCGUGCAGGAGGCGGAAGAUGGAGGCAGAUCAGCUUUGAGCAUUGUAAGGGAAGAGGAGCAAUGGCAGCCGCCAGCUGGCCAGAUCCCCUUCACUGCCGUGGCGGUGGAAACAGCAGCCGCGGAGGGCGAGUGUCCGUGCCGACAGAGUCUGAGAGAUUCGUUGGCGAAGCUCUGCGGUGAGAUGAAACGUGACCUGGACAGUGAUCUGGGUGCCUUUGAAUUGCCAGACGUCCAGGCGUUGAUGGAGACCUAUGAGAAGCAGGCUGUAAGUGAGCUUCGCCAACAACUCAAAGAGAUCGUUGGGAACCUCUCGCUGGAGGUGGAUCCGAGCUGCGAAGCAGCCCCAGCGGUAUGGGUGCGACUGGAUUGGAAUCCCUCUGGUCGAGCCACACAAUUCUUCCGUCGCGUGCGUUCCGAGGACACCAGCGUGGUAUGGACGCGACCAAUGCCACCCGACAUCGUGUUGGAGCUCGACGAGAUCAGCUUGCGGUUGGACAGCUUCAAGAUGAAGGUGCAAACCUUGGUCUCGCAGUUCUCAGAGGAGGUCACUCAGAGCUUUGAAGCUUCGUCCUGCAGGCGCCUCACCAGGAACAGCUCCGCGGGCUCUGGAGAUGGUGCUUCGGAGCAAUUUUGGCACCUGCCCGAGGCUGCAACCGACACGGAUGCCGCUGGGCAACAGCAGGAGAGUCGUGAAUCGGUGCAGUUGGCUGAGUCCGCCGCAGCACAGGAUGCGGAUCCACAGCGAUUUGAGGCUGCGGCGGGCGGGUUUCACCCUCAUCAACCUCGAGGUCGAGAAGAGCAAGAUGCCAGGCGUUCCGCGUUUGCGGAACCGGGGCAGCUACCAUGGAAUACGGUGAAGCACGGGAGUUUGAUCCUGAUUGGAUCCUGGUGUGUUUCUCUAGUGUGGACCAUCCUGCGUGAGUGGGAAACCGUGGUAGACAUUCUGACUCCGCCUCUUCCAAGCAGUCCCGAUCUGGAGCUUCUCUACGACGGGCCUUGGCCACGAUUCUUUGAGCCCAGAGGGCUGGCCUGUUCUUUCACGGAGCAUGAGACGGAACGGCUGCUGAUUGCUGAGAAGCACGAUGUGCAUCAGCUCGUGGUUUCGAACCGUUCGGAUCGCUCGUGGCGUCUUUCCAGGAGCCACCUGGAGGCCCACUGUUUGGCGCGAGCGCCUGAGUUCCACGCGGCUGGUUUGCGAGGGAUCUCUUUGGAUUGUGCGGAAAGAGAGGCCUGUGCCAGCCUUCUGAUGGGCGAAGGGAAUGCUGUGCUGCAGUGCGAGAGGAAUUCUUCCAGUGAGUUACAUUUCUUCGGCGGGCCCUGGCACUUGUCCUCCGGCCGAUAUCAGGGCGGCUUUUGGGCGCAGCGCGCGGUUGAGAAAAGCCCCGUGUUGCUGCAGCCAUCCGAAGGCCAAGCCAGGCACUUCGUGCCAUCAAUGCAACUUGGAUCACAUCCUGCAGGGCAGCAAGAGUUUUUGGAUGCCCUGCAGGGUGGCGACUUACUGGCGCUGAGCCAACAAGGACGGCUUCAUGCCUGGGAGUCUGAGAGAUGGCUUCCAUCAGAUUGGUUUUACGACCUGCCCAAAGAGAUGGGUUUGAGGUGGUUGGGGAUGUGCGCGGCCGGCAAGAGCGCCUUCUUGCUUGGAAAGGGGGCAGGCAGAGUGGAACUUUGGAGGUUGCAGUUGUCCUCUUUGCUGCGGUGAUGCCAGUGAUGCCAGUGAUGCC